ACGGGAACUGGGAACGGGGAACGGGAACAGGCGGUCCCGGAUCGAUCCCGUGAUCGGUCCCGUGAUCGGUGCCGUGAUCGGUGCCGUGGCCACACCGGGGCGGGUCCCGCCCCAGUCCCGCGGCCACACCGGGGCGGUCCCGGCUCGGUCCCGUGAUCGAUCCCGUGAUCGAUCCCGUGACCGGUCCCGUGGUCGCACCGGGGCGGUCCCCGCGCGGGUUCCGCUUCAGUCCCGUGGUCGGUCCCGGUCGGUGCCCCCGGGGCGGUCCCGGGUCGGUCCCGGAUCGGUCCCUGUGUCCCCCGGGUCGGUCCCGGUGCCCCCGGGUCGGUCCCGGUGCCCCGAUGGCGGCGGGUGCGGGGCUGGUGGCUCUGGUGUCGCUGGUGGCCGCGGUGGCGGCGGGAGGGACCGAGGGGGACUGGAAGGUGUCCCUGGAGUUCAAUCCCGGCUGGAAUGGCUCCCUGUGGAACGGCUCCUGGGUGAACGUGGUGCACGUGCGGGCUCAGGGCCCCCUGGCCACGCUGCACUGGGUGUGGAGCAGCCUGGGAGCUCCCUCCGUGCUCCUCGUGGCCUCGGGGAGCCCCCGGAGCCGCCUGAGCAUCGACUGGGCCCGGCUGCUGUCCCCGGAGCCCGCGGGGGCCCUGCGCGUCCACCCCCCCGGCAGCGUCUCCUCCGCCGGGGCCGUCGCCUUCACCAAGCUUUUCGAGGAAAAGGCUCCAGGGGAGGGAUUUUUCCAACCCUACGACCUGGCCGAGUUUUCCUGGGAAAACUCCAACGUGACCCUGGAUCCGUCGGCGCUGACGUUCCGGCUCCGGGGGAUCCCGGGAUCCGACCCCGCCGGAGCCUUCGCCAACGGCAGCCUGGAAUUCCAGGUCCGUGCCCUCCCCUCCCCGGGUCGCUCCUCUCUCCCCCCGGGGUUGCCGUUGGUCCCCGGGGGUUGUGAGCUGCGGUUCCAGCUCUCGGGGGUCUCUCCCCGUUAUUUUUGGGGUCUCUCCCCGUUGUUUUUGGGGUCUCUCCCCGUUAUUUUUGGGGUCCCUCCCCAUUAUUUUUGGGUUCCCAGGUCCGUGCCCUCCCCUCCCCGGGUCGCUCUGUGCUCCCCCCGGGGUUACCGGAGGUCCCCGGGGGUUGUGAGCUGCGGUUCCAGCUCUCGGGGGUCUCUCCCGUUAUUUUUGGGGUCUCUCCCAUUAUUUUUGGGUUCCCAGGUCCGUGCCCUCCCCUCCCCGGGUCGCUCCUCUCUCCCCCCGGGGUUACCGGAGGUCCCCGGGGGGUGUGAGCUGCGGUUCCAGCUCUCGGGGGUCUCUCCCCUCGGGAACGGUUCCCGCUCUCGGUUCCUGCUGGAGGUGGCGGCUCUGGACGGGGCGGGGGCGCGGCGGGAGCUGCGGCUCAGGAGGGAGCUCGACGACGAGUUCGCCCCGGGGGUGUUCGAGACUCAGUCCCUGGUGGCCCAGUCGCAGUCCGGGUCCCCGCUGAGUUUCCUGCUCUGGAGAUCCAUCGCCUACGGAUCUCCGAGUGCCCGGCGCCAGGACGGGAUCCGCUGCCGGGCCGGGGAGCUGCGGGGGGGUCCGGUGCCCGUGCCCCCCAUCGCCCGCGCCUAUUUUGGGGAGGGGGGCCCGGGCACCCCCCUGGGCAGCAGCGCCCUCAACGUGUCCUUCGGCGGGGACGGGGACGGGGACGUGUUCCGGGACGUGUACCGGGAACGGCGAUUCCUGCGCUGGUCGGUGCUGGUGGGCUUUGGGGAGCCCCCCCGGGACACGUUCUCGCCCCUGAUCAUCUCGGUGGUGGCCGUGGCGCUGGGCACCCCCCUGGCCCUGCUGCUGGGGGGCACCGGCCUCGUGCUGCUGGUCCCGAGGAGCCGCUACUCCGAGUACGAGCCCAUCAACUGAGGGGACACCCCCAGGAUUUCCAGGGAGACCCCCGGGAUCUGCAGGGACAACCCCUGGAUUCUCUGAGAGACCCCCAGGAUCCCCAAGGAGACCCCCAGGAUGCCCAGGGAUACCCCCAGGAUCCAAAGGGACACUCCAGGAUUCCAAGGGACACCCCCAGGAUGCCCAGGGAGACCUCCAGGAUCUGCAGGGACAACCCCUGGAUGCCCAGAGGGACCCCCGGGAUCUGUCGGGAGACCCCCCAGGAUUCCCAGGGAUACCCCCGGGAUCCGUAGGGAGACCCCCAGGAUUCUCCGGGAGACCCUCAGGGAGACCCCCAGGAUGCCCAGGGAGACCCCCAGGAUACUCUGGGACAACCUCAGGAUCCUCAGGGAGGCCCCCAGGAUGCCCAGGGAAACCCCCGGGAUCCACAGGGAGACGCCCAGGAUCUGCAGGGACAACCCCAGGAUUCUCUGGGAGACCCCCAGGCUCUGCAGGGAGAUCCCCAGAUUCCAAGGGAGACCCUCUGGAUCCUUUGGCAGACCCCCUAGAUUCCCAGGGAGACCCCCAGGAUUCCCAGGGACACCCCCAAGAUUCCCAGGGACAACCCCAGGAUGCCCAGGGAGACCCUUGGGAUCCCCAGGGAGACUCCCAGGAUCCAAAGGGACAACCUCAGGAUCCUCAGGGAGACCUCCAGGAUUCCCAGGGACACCCCCAGAUUCCCAGGGACACCCCCAGGAUCCAUAGGGAGACCUCCAGGAUUCCCAGGGACACCCCCAGGAUCCUCUGGGAGACCCCCGGGAUCCUCUGGCUCCCCCCCAUCCCGGCAUUCCCAGCUCCAGGGGCACCCUUGGCACCGUCUCCCUUUCUCUUGCUCCUCCUUUUCCUGCCUUGGAUUGCACUUUUCCCUGUUUUUUCCUGAUUGUUCCAAGGGAUUCAGUCCCUGGGGGGAGUUUGCUCCGGGCUGCCUGGAGCCACGGACCAUCCUCCUCCUCCUCCUCCUCUUCCAAAGGGAUACAACCACUGUUGUCCCGGCUGGGCCGCUUCCAGGGAUGCUUGGGAAGGCUCCGGGGGGGGCCCUUCUGCUUCCCGCCGGGCCGGGAAAUCCCGGGAAAAGCCAGGGCCGGCGGCUCGAGAGGCUUUUCCCAGGGACACCAGGGAAGCUCCGGAGCCGCUUCCCGACAGCUCAGGUGUGUCCUGGAGCGCUGCUCCGGCCGGGAUUGUGCUCCCGGACGCUCCGUGGGGCCGGAUCCCAGGGAUGAGUGCUCUGGGCAUUCCCAGACAUCCCAGGGAGGCUCCGGGUGCUCCGUGGGGCCAGAUCCCAGGGAUGAGUGCUCUGGGCAUUCCCAGACAUCCCAGGGAGGCUCCGGGUGCUCCGUGGGGCCGGAUCCCAGGGAUGAGUGCUCUGGGCAUUCCCAGACAUCCCAGGGAGGCUCCGGGUGCUCCGUGGGGCCGGAUCCCAGGGAUGAGUGCUCUGGGCAUUCCCAGACAUCCCAGGGAGGCUCCGGGUGCUCCGUGGGGCCAGAUCCCAGGGAUGAGCGCUCUGGGCAUUCCCAGACAUCCCAGGGAGGCUCCGGGUGCUCCAUGGCUGGAGCCGAAUAAAGUGGAUUUCUAA